UUGAAAAGCGCGUUCGGAGCUCUCACGUCUCCGCCGAUCGACACGCCGUGGGUGCGAUUCCUUCGCCGGCGGACCGAAAAGUUUUCGGCGGAGAAGGAGGAAAUUCGAAUCCCAGUGCGCGCUUAUCUCUCUCUCUCUCUCUCUCUGGUCGCAUUGAGGGAGUAGGGUGAGUCGAGGAGGAUGGGAAAUUGCUGCUCGGACAGUCGUGCUGGGACACAGGCGGUGGGCACCGGGGCUGGAGAGACAGGCGGCGGCGGAGGAGCGGAGGCCAACGAUGCCGUCGAUUACUUCUUCAAGGGGCGCGGCUCUUAUGGCCUCUAUUCGCAGAUCGAGUUAUCACUGUCUGCAACAAACUUACGAGAUCGAGAUGUGUUCUCCAAGAGUGAUCCCAUGGGAGUUGUCUACGCAAAGAGAAGAGAUGGAAAGCUCGAAGAACUUGGCCGUACAGAAGUAUUAUUAAAUUCACUAGAUCCUGUCUGGGUGGCAAAAAUUUCUGUUACAUACCUUUUUGAAGUGGUCCAACCUUUAGUUUUUCAAGUGUAUGAUAUAGACUCAGACUUUCACAAUGUCCCUGUGAAGACACUUAAACUGGAGGAUCAGCAAUUUCUUGGACAGGCUACUUGUGUCUUAUCUGAGAUAGUGACUAAAUCUCCCAGGUCAUUCACAGUAAAGCUUGAACCUGCUGAGAAAGGAACUGAUUCCAAAAUCUUGGGGCAGCUUAAUAUCCAAGCUGAAGAAUGCAUCAGCUCAAAGACAGCAGUUGAGUUGAUAUUGCGGUGCUCCAAUCUUGAGAACAAGGAUCUUCUUUCAAAGAGUGAUCCCUUUUUGUUAAUAUCUAAAAUUGCGGAGGGUGGAGCAUCUGUUCCUAUUUGCAAGACAGAGGUAAAAAAGAACGACCUAAAUCCUACAUGGAAGCCGGUGAUUUUAAAUCUACAGCAGAUUGGAAGCAAGGAUAACCCAUUAACUAUUGAAUGCUAUGACUUCAAUUCAAAUGGCAAGCACAGCUUGAUUGGGAAAAUGCGGAAAUCACUGGCGGACUUGGAAAGGCUUCACAAUGGGCAUGCUGGGGAAAACUUUUUCUUGCCUUCUACAGAUGGUCACAACAAGGUACUGAAAGGCCAGAUGUUUGUUGAGAAGUUUCAUGAAAGUGUUCAACACAGUUUUCUGGAUUAUAUUGCUGGAGGAUGUGAGCUAAAUUUCAUGGUGGCUAUUGACUUCACAGCUUCAAAUGGAAAUCCCCGGCUUCCAGAUUCAUUACAUUAUAUUGACCACAAUGGGCGACUGAAUGCUUAUCAGCGAGCAAUAUUAGAGGUUGGAGAGGUGUUGCAGUUCUACGAUACUGAUAAGCGCUUUCCUGCUUUCGGUUUUGGAGCUAGGCCAAUUGAUGGUCCUGUAUCUCAUUGCUUCAAUUUGAGUGGAAGCAGAGAGCAUGCUGAGGUGGAUGGAAUCGAGGGCAUCAUGUUUUCAUAUGAAAGUGCACUUCGAAAUGUAUCGCUUGCUGGGCCAACACUUUUUGGUCCCAUUAUCAACAAAGCAGCUCAAACAGCUACUCAGUCUUUGACAAGCGACAAACAGAAAUAUUUUGUUCUGCUUAUAAUAACGGAUGGAGUCAUCACGGAUCUCCAGGAAACUAAGGAUGCUAUUGUCAAAGCAUCAGAUUUGCCUUUGUCAAUCCUUAUAGUUGGAGUAGGUGGUGCUGAUUUCAAGGAAAUGGAGAUCCUAGACGCAGACAAGGGGGAUAGACUUGAGAGCUCUUCUGGACGCGUAGCUACAAGAGACAUUGUUCAGUUUGUCCCAUUCCGCGAUGUACAAAGUGGGGAGAUCUCAAUUAUUCAGUCACUGCUGGCAGAGUUGCCUACACAGUUUCUCAGUUACAUGAGGGUCAGGAAUAUCCUGCCUCUAGGGGUCAAUGGGAGGAAUUAAAAACAAGUAGAUUGUAUAUAGUGAAGCAAAUAUCACACUUGAAUUCCUCCCCCUCCCCCCUUACCUGUCAGUGGUGUAGUCCUUUUAUUGUUUCAACCAUUUUCCUUUCUUUGUCCACUGGACCUGCAGUUUGUUAUGAACUUGUAUGUUAUCCUUGUGAAUGUGUUCCAAUUUUUGCAUGUUACUGUGAUUUAGGUAAGAAAGGAAAAGAAAUUUGAUUGUAAA